GCUGCUGUCAAAACAAGUGUAGCACGUGACUUGGUCUCGGUGACGUAGUUCUCCGCUCUGCGGAUGCGGGGGGUUCCAUCAUGGCGUCGAUGCACAAAAGACUACAAAAGGAAUUAUUAGCCCUGCAAAAUGAUCCACCCCCAGGAAUGACGCUGAAUGAGAAAAGUGUACAGAACACCAUUACGCAGUGGAUUGUAGACAUGGAGGGAGCACCAGGCACACUAUAUGAAGGAGAGAAGUUUCAGUUGCUUUUCAAAUUCAGUGGUCGAUACCCUUUUGACUCACCUCAGGUAAUGUUCACUGGAGAGAAUAUUCCUGUCCACCCCCAUGUGUAUAGCAAUGGUCAUAUCUGUCUGUCUAUUCUAACGGAGGAUUGGUCACCAGCCCUCUCAGUGCAAUCAUUUGUCUUAAGCAUUAUCAGCAUGUUGUCCAGCUGCAAAGAAAAGAGGCGACCGCCUGAUAACUCUUUUUAUGUAAGAACAUGUAACAAAAAUCCAAAGAAGACAAAAUGGUGGUAUCAUGAUGUAUACAUGCUAAUGUACAAACUUUAUAAUCCUGGAAGGAAAAGUCCUACUGACCUACAUUGAAGCACUUUUUAAUCGUUCAGUUCUUUGAACUCUGACCUUUGACUGGAACAGUGGACACCAUGCGAUGGAGGAUCUUUGAGUUUCUUUGUGGACCGGGUGGAAGCAUGUCUCAUUCAUUUUUCACGUAGGGAAGGUAAACAAUGGAACAUUUGAUGCACCCAAGAUGGAUUGUUGGGUAAGACUGUAGCUAUGGAGCAAACAAACGAUUUGUAGUGAGUUAAUGAAUCCUCCCCCCCCCUCCAUUUUAAGAUAUUUCAUGUUUGUGGUUGCAUUUGAGGGUCCAUGUUUUGUGCAAUACUAACUGAUGGAUGCAUGCUUGGCCUACAGAGAGAAACUUUAAAUCUAUUCAUUUUCUGGAAGAGACGAGACAUAUGCCAAGAACGUGUUUCAUCGGUUUGAAUUAAAAAAUUUUGAUACUUGUAUGCAAUGUGAAGUAUAUUUAAAUGGCACUAUUAGUACAUUGUUCCAACUUAGAAUACGUAAGAAGUCCUCCACUUAUUUAUCAGGUCAAAGGCUUUUAAUUUGUAAUAACUCUAUAGUUUUUCUUCACCUUCCACUUGAGACCUGGUUGCAGUUCUUCCUGCUUUUUAGAAAGUCAGUUACGGGUGGGGAUGAGACGGAUGCGAUGAUGGAUGUAGGUCAGCUGAUGACCUUGGUGCACAGCUCCUUGUAAAGCUGCACUGAACUCAUGUAGAGUUUAGAAUUAUUCUUGACAAUGAGCAGCGGCCUCUCUUCAUUUAACAAAUGUCUAUGAGCAUGGUGUCACAUGAUCCAUUUUUAUUUGUAUCAUAUGAUUUUGAUUUUAUGCUUUGAUAAUCUAAAUGUUUUUUGAGCGUUUAGAGUUCUUUUGUACUUUUUUUUUAACUAGCUGAUACUUGAAAAGGGGUGUGUCAUUUGACAGGUCAGUAUGUUUUGUCUUUUUUUUGUUUGGUAUUUAAUUCUUUGAUCUCCACAAAGGUAGUGACGGUGAAUGAUGACAAGUCUUUCUAGAAGUUGUAAAGACAAGGCUUUUGUGAUUCUUGCCCUGGACAGAGUUUUGGCUCAGGUACUUUUUUCAAUAAAGAGAUUGCCUCUUAAAAAAAAAAAAAAAAAAAAAAAAAAAAAAAAACACCCCAACAGAUAUUUUAAAUUUAACUAUAUUUUCACCAAAUGAGACUGUUAUGUUGUAAAAUUAUAACAUGUCUGAGACUCUUGUACAUAACUCUUUAAACUGUUGAUGUGGAAGAAAUUGGCGGAGGAUGUUUGCUUAUUGCAGAAGAACUGAUGUGCUUUUGAUAAUUAGGAUGUGUAUAGUCUGCAGCGUUACUGUUGGUAACAGUUUAGUUCUACAGUGGCAGUGCAUGAAAUUUUAAAACCUUUUUUUUUUUUCUUUCUUUCUUUCUUUUUGGCAUCAGGCAUUGUUCAGUAAUGGCUUAUGGGCUGAUAAUGCAAACACCAUCUCCGGAGAUUCUUUGUCUUUUCAGACUGUAAUCACUCCAUUCCCAAUGAAAAGUGAAUCCCCAUCCACUCAGAUACUUGAAUUGUGUUGGUUUUAUUGCACUCCCCCCCUUUCCUCCCAGGGUCCAGCUGAGUUGCUUUGAAUAUCUAUACCAGAUCUAUAUGAUCUAUACCAAAUCGAUUACUUUACCGUAGCACACUGCUAUCUCAGAACUGUACUGAUAAAGGAAUCUAUUUAAGCAGGUUUUUUGGUUUGUUUUUAAGCUUCAUGGUGAUGGUUUGUUUGCUGUCACCGUGCUGCAGCACAACAGCAGGACUGAGUGUCUAAAUGCAGUUAGAAUGGCAUGUGUGCGAGGACAAAAAGCCUUCACGUGUUGGACAUUAGUUCAACUGAGAUAUGAAAUACUUAAGUGAAGAAGUUACAAUAGUUUGAAUGAGUCGCUUUUUUCUUUUCCUUUUCUAUGUGGAUUUUGCUUUCAGUUUGUGAGUGAUCAACACUUAUGAGGGUGUGUUAUUUAUUUUUGAAUAUCUGGGAUGUGUGAGCUCAUUGUAAUAGGUGCUUGUUCAUUUUAGUAAUCUAUAAUAAUAAUAAUAAUAAAAGCAAAGCUUCACUUUUAUGGAU